AUGGCGCUCUCUGGCAUCCUUUGGCAGCCCAACUUUGAGGUUCUUUUGAUGGGUUGCAAUGGUUCCCAACAUCAAUAUUCAGAACAACAGAGGGUCCAUUUUUGGGGGGAGCUCGCUGGGAAGCUCGGAAGCUGGCAGUCCGUGGUCAGCGCGUCGUACUCGCAGGCGUCUGGUCAGGCUCAGGCUGAUUGCUCUGCUUCAGUGGAGCACGUGGACAGCAGCGCCACUCACCAGAGUUUAGGGAUAUGGAACAGUACAUGCCUUCAAGCCCGACCUACUCUGGCCCAAGAUCACUUGAGAGGCACGGCAUCGUGGAAAGUUCACAGGUCCAAGACACAGCGGCCAGCGGCCAGCCACAUGUCCAAGGGAUGCAAGACAUGUCCGGCGCACCCCGCAGUGCGACUCUCCCGCCGUGCUCCAUCAGAGCGCUCGUGA